CAUCACGUUCAACGAUUGUCAAAAGUUGCUCAUCAACUUUCUAAAAAAUAAAUAAAUUGAAGCAACUUUCUAUUGUAACAACUGUAUCUCUGUAAUGACUAACCUUAUCUAGAUUAAAUAAAAAAAAUGAAACCUAAAAUUAUGUUAAUGGAUAAGAUACUUCCACAUAAUGUCGAUAAAAAAUAUAUAUUAAGAAACCUAAGAAAUGUAACUAUUUCUUAUAAACAUGCUGAAGGCAAUUAUGCAGUCAACAUAAAUAAGUCUGGAUCAAAUUUCGACGCCUCUACACAAAAUCAAAGCAUCAAUGAUUUAUCGUUUCACGUAGAAAAAAAUACUUUCAUAAAGACUAUACUAGAAAAUAUAAAAACACCUAGGCCAAGGCAGCUUGUUAAACCCAAGAAAAUAGUUAUAGACUUCAGCUCACCAAAUAUAGCCAAGCCAUUUCAUGCUGGCCACUUAAGAUCAACAAUCAUAGGAAACUUUAUUGCUAAUGUUAAUACAUAUUUUGACAAUAAUGUCACCCGACUUAAUUACUUGGGUGACUGGGGCACGCAGUUUGGGUUGCUGCAAUAUGGAUUGAAAUCAAAGAACAUUAAUGUAAAAGAUUUGCAAAAUGAUCCAAUUCGGAUUCUAUAUGAUGUCUAUGUAUAUGCUAAUAAAUUAGCCUCAAAUGAUAACAAUAUUCAAGAGGAGGCUAGAAAGUAUUUUUCAGAAAUAGAACAAGGUAGAAUGAGUUUAGAAAAUUGGAAAAAUAUUCGAGAAGUCACUGUACAGGAGUUAGAGAAAGUGUAUCAACGAUUAGGUAUACAAUUUGAUACAUACCACUGGGAAUCUGAUUAUAAUGGUGGAGUAAUUAAACCUAUAAUGGAUUUGUUGGAAAAGAAAAAUAUAAUCAAAAUAGAUGAAUCAGGAAAGAAAAUUGCUUAUGUAAAUAACAGAAAUAUAACUGUACUAAAAAGUGAUAAUUCAACACUAUAUAUAUCAAGAGAUAUUGCAGCUUUAUUAGAUAGAUACAAGAAAUAUAAUUUUGAUAAAAUGCUGUAUGUAGUUGACAAUGCCCAAACAGAUCAUUUUGCAGCAGUCUUUGAUAUUGUUAAACAAAUUGACCAAAAAUGCACUGACGGUUGUGAACACAUCAAGUUUGGCAGGCUUAAAGGCAUGAGCACAAGGACAGGAAAUGUAGUAUUUUUGAAUGAUAUAUUGGAUGAAGCCAAAAGAAAAAUGCAUGAUAAACAGACUUUAUCAAAAAAUACUAGAACUGGAGCAAUGAAUGAUGAAACAUGUGACAUCUUGGGGACCUCAGCUGUUCUAAUUAAUGACUUGAAGCAGAAAAGGCUAAAAGAUUACACAUUUAGCUGGGACAAAGCUCUUCAAACUGAGGGGGAUAGUGCUAUCAAAUUACAGUAUCUUCAUUGCCGUCUUUGGAGUCUAGAACAAAAUUGUGGUGUCUCAUUACCAGACACAUGUGAAGCAGAAUGUCUAUCUGAGGAAGUAAUAGGAGAUGUAAUAGCUGAAUUGGCUAAAUUUGACAGUAUUCUUCAAAAAUCUUUGGAAGAGUAUGAAGCUUGUAUUGUUGUUAAUUACUUAUUCCGUCUUGCAAGACAUGUUAAUAGAAUGUUUAAUGAAGUAAGAGUGAAAGAUGUAAAUUCAGAUUUAGCAGCCCAAAGAUUACUUGUUUUCUACUGUUCUAGAUUAGUUCUUAAAACUGCAUUAACGAUUUUAGGCAUAAGACCUUUAAAAGAAAUGUAACAUUGAACAAAGGUUAUUAAUAAAUAAAUAUUAUUUUUAAGUUAUAA